CGGGCAAACAAAAGCCCAACUAGUUUCCUGCUUCUUCCAACUCUUUUAAACUCCAAAACCGGGUUCGGAUCCAUUGACUUCAACUCUAAACUCCUCCAACCCACUACUGGGCCCCACCCACAAAUCCACCCCAACAAGUCCCCCCCCACGGCCCAACCAUCACCACCACCGCCACCGCCACCACCAACCUCCACAGCUCUCAAACAAAAAACCCCCAAUUCCCCCAAACCCUAACCCCAAAAUUCCAAAUCUCUAGCCCUAACCACCCCCACAGCAAUGUCCACCCCACCCCCGCCCUCGCCCCCGGCCUCCCCCACGGCCUCAGUCUCCGCCUCGCUCACACCCUCCGCCAAGAAGCCCCAGCCUCUGCCGUGGACCCACGAGGAGACGGUGCAGCUGAUCCGGGCCUACCAGGAGAAGUGGUACGCGCUGAGGAGGGGACAGCUGAAGUCGAGCCAGUGGGAGGAGGUGGCGGUGACCGUGGCGGCUCGGUGCGGCUACGAGUACGGCGAGCCGUCGAAAUCCUCCACGCAGUGCCGCCACAAGAUGGAGAAGCUCCGGCAGCGACACCGCGGCGUUAAGAAGCGCCUAGGCCAGCGGACCAAGUCCGGUUGGCCCUUCUUCGAGCUCAUGGAGCAGAUGGAGCGCGGGCCCAUGCCCAUCUCGGCCAUGCCAAUGGGGGAGAUGCCACAUCAGCAAGAGGAAGAAGAGCGUGAUUAUCACGGCGGUGGCGAUGACGAAGACGAUGAGGAGAACUCCAACAGGGUCCGGAGCAUUGAGUACAUCCUGCGGAGGCCGACGUUUGUGAACAGAUUUUCCGGAAAAGACCCGUUUUUGCAGGGACCGGCGGCGUUAAAGAGGGGGAGAGAGGCGGUGGACGACGGAGAUGUGGUGGAGCCGGCGCAGCAAAAGGGGAGGGAGAUGGUGGUGGAAUUAGCAGACGAGAUGAGGGCAUUCGCCCAGCAGUUGAUCGGGGUUGAGAACAGGAGGAUGGAGAUGAUGAAGGAAACGGAGAGGUGUAGAAUGGAGAUGGAGAAGAAGAGGAUGAGCAUGAUCCUGCAGUCACAGCAGAAGAUUAUUGACUCCAUUAACACAGCUUUCGGCAGCACCUGAUGAUGAAUUUCAUCAACCUAAUUCGUUUCCAAGAUCCUCUAACUUGAAUUACAAAGAGGAGGAUUCGAACUUGAGUAUAGAGGCGAAGCACAUCAUCUUUCCGUUGGAUAGGUGCUACGUUGGUUGCAAAAAGAAAAUCUGUCAUUUUGGUGUUUGAGGAAGACAGUGCAAGGUUCACCGCCACAUGUGGCGUCAUGUGCCAAUAAUGCAAGGACGUGUUAAUUUCUUUUACACGUCCUUGUGUUAUUAGCUAAGAUGCAGUGAAUUAGUAUCAUACAAGUUGUUCAGGAAAAAAACUUAGUACGUCCUUUCUACUGCAUUGAGUAGUUUGUUUUUUUCUAAAAGGAUCCUCACCGGAUACUUUUCCUAGGGAUCCUAAGGAUCCCGUGAUCAUGACCUUUCAUCGUACAUCGUGUGAUCAGAAAUCAUUUUAAAAAUUAAAUAUAAAUAAUAUCUAAUAAAAAUUGACCGUACGAUCUACGAUGAACGAUCACAAUCACAGGAUCCCUAGAAGAAUGAUCAGGCGAGGAUCCUUUUCCCUUUUUGUAUUUUAUCAGCGUGAGGUCCUCUGAAAAAACUUAAUGUUAGGGGUGAAGUAAUUGAUUUGUACUUCAUCUUCAACGCAUUGGUUAAUGGUUGAAGAUUGUUAAAACUUGCACUGAGAAACUCUUUAUGGCACUGCCAUCAUAUG